AUGAACGAAGAAGCGAGUUCAGUUGUUCUUCUCCCCGAGGUCAAAGUGGAACCUUAUGAAACUUCUGAAAACCAUGCCGACAGCGAAGAAAGUUCUCUUGAAAGUCCAACAGACGAAAAUUCGCUGCCGCGUUUUGGCGAAACUUCGGAAGAAGAUAUCCAAAGGUUGCUGGAGCACCGUUCGUGCAGCGAAAACACAUGGCGAGCGACCAAAAAUGCCGUCAAGAUUCUCCGAGACUACAUGGAGGAAAAAAGCAUGGACGUUAACUUUGAGAAAUUGGACAAACAAGCGCUCAAUGAUCUUUUACGUAAAUUUUACGUCGAGGCGCGGAAAAAGAAUGGAGAUUAUUACAAAUCAUCGGCCCUAGGAAGCAUACGUUUUGGUAUUCACCGGUACUUACAGUCACAAAAGAGGAACAUUGACAUCAGAAAUGAUCCUGAAUUUACCGAUUCCAAUAAAAUAUUCAAAGCGCAAGUUAUAAAGCUUAACAAGCAGGGAAAAGGCGAAGUGAACCGUUCCGACAUCGGUCCGGACGAUUUGAAGAAGCUGUAUCUCUCCGAUGUGCUGUCGCCAUUUAGCGCUGAUGGUCUUCAACGGAAAGUGUUUUUUGACCUUCUCAUGUAUUUACCUGGAAAACGUAACCGCAGCAAUGUAAGAGAGCAAACUCGAGACUCGUUUCUUGUCGGUUAUGAUUCAAGUACUGGUUUGAAGUACAUUUAUCCAAAUCCUUCGCACUGUGAAAAUGUUUUUGCUGAAGGAAAAUGUCCAAAGAUGAAUGAGAAACCAGGUAAGCCUAAGUCGAAAGCGCGCGAAGUCUUUUGCCAUUUUGUUCAUUUUUGUGACGACCUCAAAAUCGCCUAACAAACCUAAAAACGAAAAGAUUUGGACAACAAAAUAACAAGCACAACUUGAAAGCUAAAUAAGCAAGCUUAAAGUUGACAAAAAUGAUAUGUAAGUUAUGGUUUUCUCACUGCUGUUCUUAACAGUUGUUUUGUUAACCGCGUGGUAAUGUCAUUAUUGUGAAUGCCGAAAAGCGGUAGAAAACCGUUUUUGUUUUGUCAUUUCCUUUUUUAAGUUUUUUAAAAAGGAAAAACUAGACAUCGUUUAGCUUUCGUCGUGUUAUUAAGACUCUUUAGACUUACGUUGAACGUUAAGCUUAAACUUUUCAUUUUUUUAAAGGUCAAAGCUCAGUGUAAAGGCGUUUUCCCGUUAAACUACCAGUAGUAAAGAAUUUCUUACCGGUGAUAUUCUUUACACACUAAUUCCUUUACACAGAAAUCACAGAAUAACUCCUCAAUAAACUUAAGCUUAAAUCAGAAGUAAUCGCGUUAUUUUAAAGGUAUCAACCUUUACUAGUUUUAGACUUUUAAACGACUUUUACGAUUCAUGAAAUAAAAGAAGCUCUUAUAUUCACAAAAGGCAAAUGUGGCUAACCAAAUUAUAAUAAAAUAUUGUUGUUGUACUUCCAAUCCUUCACUAGGAAAUCCAAGAUGUCCGGUUUCAUCAUUUCUGAAAUAUCUUUCAAAGUUGAAUCCCAUGAACUUAUACUUAUGGCAGAGACCUAAGGCUUCAUUUAAACAUCAUGCUUGUGAAGAUGACCCCGUGUGGUACGAGAAUGCAGCAGUCGGGCACAAUUCUCUGGGUGAGAUGAUGACCAACAUGUCAAAGCUUGCAAGAUUAUCCAGAGUUUACACCAACAACUGUAUACGAGGGACCUAUGUGGCAAUUCUUGACAGUUUAGUGGAGGACUAUCCUCUUGUUACAACCCUAGUGUCUAUGCCAGUUUCUCAAAGAUACCAACCUAUCCUUCCUCGCGAGCCUUGUGAUGAGCGCCCAACCAUGGUAUCAGUCAGUGAGAAGUAUCAGCUGCACAGUCCAGAUGUGACAGUGUCUUCCAGGGGCAGUGAAAUCCAAGAAGGUCAUUCCUCACCAUUCAGUGUCGUCCAGAGCAGAGACAAAGCCCACCUUACAAAGAUCUUCAUUGAUACAAGCCAUUCACUGUCACAGCCCAUAAGCCCAAACAACAUCAAAACUUCAUCUUCUCAGGGGAAUAGUCGUAGUUUUAAUGAAAAGCAAACGGAGCUGAAACCAUCAAGUCCAACAGAAAGCUCUUAUCUUGCAAUGCAAUACUAUUCAACCCAAAGGGGAUUGCAUUCACCCCUUGCACCUUACAGAAUGAGUCAACUUCAAGGAGCUUUCUCACAUAGCCCACGCACCCCAGCCCAGUCGCUUAAUACCACUGAAAGUGAGUACAGCUUAUCUCGAGCAACAUCGUCAUCAUCAUCAUCAUCACUAGCUCGUACUGGAAAUCACCACUCUGGAUAUGCAAGGUCAAGAGUUGUUUAUUGUCAGACUGCACCAACUAUGGCUUGCUCUUCAUCACAUAUAAUGGUAAGAUCAAAUUAUUAGUAACCUGUUUUGCAGCCAGACUUGCUACUGAAGGCCUAGAGAGAGGACGCAAUAUAUAGCAUAUCAGGGAUUUAGACUGUCUGCGGCGAAGGCUAACUAAUUAGCUGUUACGUGUCAUAUGAUUGACUUUUCGCAGGCUUUCUCAUGUUUUCUUAUUUCCAGGAAAAAGGCAUCACUUAAAAGACUCUAAUAAACAUUUUUUGCUUCAAACUGUAGGAGAGUUUUGUUGGUCUAUUGUUGUGUCGUCACGCAAUACAGAAGUGUUGUGUGACGACACUAAGAACUGCUGUUGAGCAGACUAUUGUUGGGUGAAUUCAUCAGAAAAUAAUAUUUCAGUGCUGGUGUUUGCCUGAAAUAAAAUAUCAGUGAAUAUAUGUAUGUUAUUUUUUCAGCUUAAACCACAAAGCAACCAGAGUCGCAUUCUUUGAAACCAAUAUGAAGGGCACUUAAUGAAGGCUAACAAUAUCGUAGUAAAUAUUUUGAACAUGACAAGCUUUGAUUUAAGACAUUGCUGGGUUGAAUAUAAUUUGCCGGUAUGGACUUUGAGUCCCUAAUUAAACCUGUGUCUAUGUUAUCUCUCAUCUUUAAGUUAGUUGUCUCUUCUCCUUAAAUUAUACCUUUCUCCAAAGUUACACUCUUACCUUGAAUUCUGUACAGGACCUUAUCAUCACUGCACCCUGAGUGAGGAAAUAAACAUCAUUAGGAGGCAUACGUUCCUUAUUUUGUUAUCAGGGUUGAUUUAGGUAUUGGUCACACAGGAAAACUGGCAGUCAAAUUCUUUCUAGACUAUCAAUCAUUUUGAAGCUUUAUGGUGCUGGCUAUCUUUACUAUGCUUUCUGCCUGGAAGAGAAGGGACACCUUGAUUAGUACAGCAAAUCUAAUAUUUAUAGAGCUAGAUCUCUCUUUCAUUUUUUAGGGCAGUGGUGUUACAGUUGAAACUUUCUGCCAUUAUUCCUCCAUGGAUCCACUGAAAGAUAUUGAUUGUUUAAAUGGUGGAUGACACUAGCUCAGGGCUAUUUACCCCAUUGGUUUUGUGGCACGUAACCCAGUCAAUAGUGAUUUAUCUAGAUGGUGUUUAUUCCCUGGUUGCAAUUUAAAGAUGUGUCCCUCAUGAUCCUAAUUAUAAGAACUUUCUGACCCAUUAAGUGAUGAGAAUGUUCCUGUUCAUUUCACAAUUUUAUUGUUUUAAGUGUGGAGGAAGAAGGAUAUUGACCGAGAGAUGUGACCCUUUUUGUCUCCAAGAAGGAGAAAAGCUUGAAUUGAUAUUGACUGAUUACCUCUGUCAUGGUGAGGCAAAAGUCGAGUGAUUGUGUUUUGUUAUCAACAGCACUGUUCGGCUGAAAGAAGCUCAAUGUCAGGAAGUCCACUGACCACCCAUGUGCUCGACACAGCUCGAGGGGUACCUGCUAGAAACCUACAAGUACAACUGUACUUUGAAGAAAUCCGACCAGACAGUCGCAUGUGGAAACACAUCGCAUCAGGGUAAGAUCAAUAUUCAAUAACCAUUGACAAAAAUUUCAGCUGUUAUUUAAAAGAAUGAAAUGUCCUGGGCAGGGGGCUCUUGUUAAAGAAAUGGGAAAACCUCAUGCACAGGUUCGUCAAACAUGCAGACCUAAUUUUUAAAUCAGAGUAUAUUAUUUUUAUUCAUGUUCUUCUUUAGAUAUUAUUAUAAAUACUAGCUGUGGGUGUUGUCAAUAUAUAUAUUUCCUGCUAUGUUUUGAUCUGCCCAAUUUUUAUGGGUAGAAGCACCUUCAAGUUUCUGAUCCAGAUCUUGACUUAGGGGCUUGGGGAAGCUCCCUGACUGAAAUAAAGUGUUUUGGCCCCUUAGCCCCGUGAGCCUAAGUUUUGGUCUUGAAGUAGGUGGGGGAGUCCCUAGGCCGUCCCUUACAUCUGCUGCGGUUUUCGACAUACAAAUUCUUCAGACUGUUCUCUAUACAUUUUCUUAGAGAAUUAGUUGAGACAAUUUGAUAAAAGAUCAAAGCAUUUCCCCUUUACUGAUAAUUUAACCAGUUCUCAUAACCAUUUCCUUUGAUUAUGCACCGAUUUUGUUUGGAGAAAAUUGGUGUUGGUCACUCUUGGGACCUCAAAGGUUAAUAUCAGACCACUUUACUCGCUGAUCACCUCCAUUAUUUUCAUGGUCAAAAGGUUAGGUGCUGCAACAGUACUGCAACAUUAAUUUAAUAUACCUUUUUUUUGCAGCGUUACAAAUGGCGAUGGACGGAUCCCUAACUUGCUGACACAAGAGCAGUUUAUUCCUGGAAAAUACAUGAUAAGAUUUGAGACUGAAGCAUAUUUCAAAGAGACUGGCAUUUCUGCAUUCUUCUACCCUUAUGUAGAGGUAAUAAAUCUAAAUGUCCCUCCAGGCGUACAAGUAAAGCUACCAGGAUACCCCCGUUACUGGUUUCUUGUAGACCAAAUUAUCAUUAAAAUCUCUGAUUUCAAUGCACUAUUCCAGAAAUUGUACUCGUUAAGGUACACAAGGGUAAUCUACAACUCCCCACCCCUCCACCCAUGGGGCUCAGUACCUGGGGCCAGUUUUUGGUUGUUCAAAAGAUUGCUAGCCCCUUCCAGUGGAUAAGUGUUAGUGAAACCAUUGCAUCAUCCACUGAAUAGAGUUUUAUCUAGUGGAUAACAUCAUUUAUGGACUUACCUUUUAAACAACUGGGACCAGAACUUUCAGUCAGAUCCGGGACAGAGGUUGCCAGUCAAUUUGCCCAAAGUGAUUACCUGGGGCCAUGUUGUGCAGCAGCUUUAGCAAAUUAAUAAUUAAUUUAUUUUGAGUCGCAUAACUUUUGGGCUUUGACUAUAAAGUAGGGCAGGACGUGUUACUCAACAAUGUGCAAGAGGCUAGACUAUUCUGAUAGAAUAUCAAAACCGUGAUACACCUUGUUCCAAAGUGGUGGCAAAUUCAGUUGUUCAUAUUUCUCCAUGAUAAUUGGCCCUUAAUGUCUUGUUCCAAUGUUAGGGUUUUUUUUAUUCUGCACAUACAGAGCAAUCAAGGCAAUGAGGGAUAAUUGAAAUUUGUAUGAAAGGAAGGCGAUAUUGCUGUCAUUUUUUAAUUAGAUGUAUGACAGUUUUAGGGUUCCAAAUGAUUUUUCUUGGGCAAGCAGCUCCCGCAUUUUGCUUGUCUUAGUCAAUGAUUUUUGUAGAGGAUGAGUUGUCUGUACCCUUGCCUAUUGGACAAAUAAGCUUAAGUUACUUGCCCACCAUGAAAUUCCACUUGUUCCAGACUAGCUGA